AUGGCUUUGGAUCAUCUGGAUGCCAUUUCUAAACCUCCGAAUCUGCUGUCGCCACUGCACUCCACAUGUUCGCCACCGGUGGCUUCCACAAAACCCUUGCCUCCAUUCCGUUCUUUCUUUUUUGGUUCUGUUUCUAGUGACAAGGGAAACAAUUCAGCACCUGCUGCUGCUGCUCCUAUCAGCAAACGUCGAGACAGCGCAAACAGCACUUCCAGCAAGGGAAGCCACCAGUCUGUCUCUUCCUCCAAAAAGCCUAGGCGAGUCUCAGUCAACAGUAAAAAAGACACCAGUAGCAGUAGUACCAGUAUUGAAAAGGCAAGUGCCCCAGUCACCAGUGGGCCAGAGAGCAGCAAUCUUCCAUUUAACCAUUACGUCAACGGCAACAGCAGCAGUGGCAGCAGCAAUGGCAGUGUCAGUUCACGGGCACCACCUUCCACAACAGCAACAGCGCUACCUGCAAAUGUACCACCACCAUCACCUAUCGAGACACAGUAUGUGAUUAGGAUGCGAGCCAACAGCAGUUCAAAUCCAGACCUCUGCGACAGGGAAAGAAAACUUUUAGUAUUAAUCAUCCGCCUCCAGUCCUUUCUCAACCACAGACUGCACAGACUGAGACGAGCUGAAAUCAGCAAACUGAAGAAGGUUAUCGAAACUGAGCAGACGAAAUAUCAUUCCUCAUCUACACCAACGGUGGCAGCAGCAUCUUCCACCACUGCCAACCCUGCAGUCACAUCAAGGCCUCUGGCGCCCUCACCACAUCAGGCUCAGUGGAACAAAAACAGCACUGGCACACCUUCGCCCAUGUCACCGACUCCCUCUCCAGCGGGCAGCGUCAGCUCUCAGGGAAGCUGUGAGCUGGUCACUAACAAGAUCCAGAAUGGUGCCACCAACUCUUCGUCCACUCCCUUGGCAUCACCUUCCCCUGGGAUGGUCAGUGUCCACCCACGGUUGCAUUCAGUGACCCAGAAGUACUUUGCCCUGACUAGUCAUAUUGUGAAAUCCCUAGAGUUGUGGGAACAAGCUGAUGCAGAAAGUCGGGGAUUUGAGGACUUCUUCACAGUCUUGGACAACUCAUGUGGAGUCCUCACCUUCCACUCGGACCCACCGUUUGUGGUGAGGUACAUGAAACACGCUCUCCGCCUGCUCAACUUGUGA